AUGGAACAUGAUUCUAAAAAAACUCCACGGAGAAUUUUCAAAAUUAAACAUUUAGUGGCCCACGAGGACUCAUUAAUGAGCUCAAGGUCAAAGCAAAAAGGGUUAUCAAAUUUAAUAAAGCGACAUAAAUCUCUUCUGCAAUGGAAUGAAAACAAGAAAACAAAAAGCGGGAGGUUGGAAAAUAUUAAAUCGAGCAAACAAUUUAAAAAGCACCUCACGGCUAUUUUAAUGGCGAACUGA